AUGUUAAUUCUUUACAAACUUCAUCAUAAAUCAUUUAUUUGUGGAAGAAAAUUUUAUCAACAGAAAAACAGAGCAGUUGAAGUCAAAAAGAUCAAGGAUGAAGAGAGUCUGCGGCGUUUUAUGCUUCAUCAUGGUGAAAAUGUUGUGAACAGGAUAGCGGAUGAAGUUGAUCGAAUCGAGGAAGAGAUUGUUAAAAAACAUCCCGAUGUUAAACAUGUUGAUCUGGAACCGCUGUAA